GAAAUCCUGCCUCGGCUUCCGACUUCGGACUGGUCGAUGACAUUGACAAGACAAUUUCGAUACGACAUCAGUACACAAGAGAGCCACGACUCGGCAGAAUCUCGCCUUCCACACCGGCGCCAUGUUUACAGGAAUCGUCGAGACCAUAGGAACCGUCACCCGCCUCGACCAGCAUGACACCACAGCCAGCGGAGGCGGCGGCACCUCCUUAACCAUCUCCAACAGCGCCGCGAUCCUCGAAGAUGCGCAUCUCGGUGACAGCAUCAGCAUCAACGGCACCUGUCUGACAGUAACGGAGUUCAGCAAAGACGAAUUCAAAGUCGGCGUGUCGCCCGAGACGCUUCGCCUCACCAACCUGGGCAGCCUGAAGGAAGGCAGCGGCGUGAAUCUCGAGCGAGCCGUGAGCGCCACCACUCGCAUGGGCGGGCAUUUCGUGCAAGGGCAUGUGGACACGAUUGCGUCGAUUGUGGAAACGCGGCCGGAUGGGAAUGCGAUUACGUUCCGCCUGCAACCGAGGGAUCGAAGUGUUUUGCGGUAUAUUGUGAAGAAGGGCUAUGUCACGCUCGAUGGCGCUUCGCUUACCAUCACUAAUGUGGAUGAUGCCGAGGGGUGGUGGGAGGUGAUGCUCAUCGCUUACACGCAGGAGAAAGUGGUCAUGGCGCGGAAGCAGCAGGGCGAUGAUGUGAAUGUCGAGGUGGACAUGGUGGGCAAGUACGUGGAGAAGAGCGUGACUGCGUACUUCGAAGGGAGUGCGUGGGAUGGGGGUUCGAUGAUGGAGAAGAUGGUGCAGAGGAUGGUGGAUGAGAGAUUGAAGGGAAGAUGAUGAUUCUGUGUAGAGACGUGCUAUCUACUUGAAGCCCUUC